UCAUUCAGAAGUUAAGCUUAAGCGUGUCUCGGCCGCUCGGUCAAUAGACUCGCUCUGCUCAUUAGCCAAUUGCGAAAGAAUUUGGAUUUUUACAAAGUUCUUGUGAAAUAUUUACGUAUGUUUCGGCACAUUCGGCCAUACAUAUGAGCAUAUAGUUAUUUCAGUCUUGUCCGUGCGUUAUUUGUGUUGUGGUUUUUGCGGUUUUUCAGUUCCAGUUUCAAUUGAUUGCAAGCAGGAGCAGCGCCCCCAGCACCAGCAACAGCAGCAACAGCAGCACCAGCAGCGUCAGCAGCAACAACAACAAACGCCAGUAGCCAACACAAAUUGUUGCUCGACACCUUUUGCAUUGCACUAGAUGCAUUAAACUACUGAGCAGCUCGGAACGAACCACCAAUAAAAACAAGAACAACAUCCACACACACACAAACACACGCACACACACACACACACACAUAGCAACAAAAUGGCCUUAAUUAUGAAAUACAUCGAGAGCAUAAACAGAUAUAUGGACUCACAUAGUGAUUCAAGGACAAAGGACUGGCCCAUGAUGUCGUCACCCUUCCCCACACUCGCCGUGUGCCUCACAUACGUCUACCUGGUUAAGGUGCUUGGGCCGCGAUUAAUGGAGAAUCGAAAGCCGUUACAUCUACAGAACAUGCUGGUCGUCUAUAAUGCGUUACAGGUUGUAUUUAGCGCGUGGCUAUUCUAUGAGUGUUUAAUGGGCGGCUGGUGGGGUUCGUACAGCUUCCGCUGUCAGCCUGUGGACUAUAGCGAUAGUGCCACAUCUAGGAGAAUAGGAGUUUCCGGUUGGCUAACUGGACAUUAUAGCUUCCGAUGUCAGCCAGUUGACUAUAGUAAUAAUCCUAGAACGUUAAGGAUGGUUCACGCGUGCUGGUGGUAUUACUUCUCAAAGUUCACAGAGUUCAUGGAUACGAUUUUCUUCGUGCUGCGCAAAAAGACGAGCCAGGUGACGACAUUGCAUGUCAUACAUCACGGCUGCAUGCCCAUGUCCGUGUGGUUCGGUGUCAAAUUCACUCCAGGUGGCCACAGCACCUUCUUUGGCCUGCUCAAUACAUUCGUGCACAUUGUGAUGUACACGUACUACAUGUUCUCGGCCAUGGGUCCACAAUACCAAAAGUACCUCUGGUGGAAGAAGUACCUGACAACGCUCCAAAUGGUUCAGUUCAUUCUCAUCAUGGUGCACGCCUUCCAAUUGCUCUUCAUUGACUGCAAUUACCCGAAGGCCUUCGUCUGGUGGAUCGGAAUGCACGCUGUGAUGUUCUUUUUCCUGUUCAAUGAGUUCUACAAGGCAGCCUACAAAAACCGUCUAAUGAAGAAGAACGCGCUGCUGGCUAACGGACACGCCAAGCCGAAUGGCUACUGCAAGAGCAUCAAUGCCCACGACGAUCUGUUCAUGCCACAGCCGGCGGCAGAGACGACGACGGCGUCGACGGCCAAGGCCAAUGGCAAUGGCAAUGCGACGCUCAGCAACGGGCAUGCGAAUGGCCUGAAGAACGGCUACAAGCCGCUGCCCAAUGGCAAUGCGGCCGCCGUGGCCAAUGGCAGUGCGCACAAAACGAACGGUAUCCUGCUGACAAAUGGAUUUGGCAAUGGCAGCGGUGGCUAUGCCACCAAGCUGCUGGACGAUGUGGCACAGGAGCUGACACACCGGAAGACACAAAAAUAAUAUCGGGAUAAUGCGGGUCGGCGCCAACAUAGAGCUUAGGAUGAUAGCGGAAAGCACAGCAAGCGCCAGGAGCAUCACUAUAUGCUCCAACAGUCAUAAGCACACACACACACACACACACGCCCACAUACACACCUACACAUACACACACUCAACAAACUGCAUUCAUUUACAUCCACAUAAGCAUAUAUAUAUACAUACAUGUUUCGGAUAUUGUAUUGACAUUGAAAUAACUUUUAGUGAGAAUGGAAGUGAAACAAUAAGGGGCAUAUUGUUAUUGGUACUAAUUAUUAUUACAGAAAUUAAUAAUAGUAAUAAUAAUAAUGCAUAAUAAUGAUGCUUGUUUUUACAGCGAGCCAUCGCACACAUUGCAUACAAUCUGCUGCACACAUAUUUUUAUGUAUGUAUGCAUGUAUGUAUGUAUAUAGCGUAUGUGCGCAUGUUUGUAGCAUCUAUAUAAAUAAAAUACAUUUUUGUUGCUUUUUUUCUCUUUUUAACUACUUUAGUUGUACAAAGCUUUGUAUAGAAAAAACAAACAAAAACAAAAACAAAAACAAAAACAAAAAAACAAAAAAUCAAAAAACAAAUACAAUUUAUAAAUUGAGCCUAAUGCUUAUUUAACUGAAUUGUGUGUGAGCAUGGAAUUAAUCUAUGUAUUUAAGCAUAGAAUUUAAUUUAUAUACAUACUUAUAUAUAUAUAUAUACUUAUACACAUAUAAAUAAAGUAAAUGGAAAAAUUUAGUUGGUUCUGCGUAAGUCAAACAAGUUUUGUAAAUGUAUAAAGCGAAAAAAAUAUCUAUAUUAAAAUAAAAUAUAUGUAAUUUAAUAUUAGUCGCUAUAAUUGUUGAGGAAUUUAAACCAAGUCAAGCAAAAACAAAACAGAAAAAAAAACAGUCACAACUAUUUAAGUCAAGCAACAAAUACUACAAAUACCAAGAAAUUUGUGCUUCGUUUCAAUCAUAAACGACCACAAAUAAACAAAAAGAAGAAAACAAAAACAAGCCCUACCCACAUGUUUAAUUAAUUUAUUACAAAUAAAUUAUGCCACUAAACUGGAAAAUUAUAAAGUAUGCAACUUUAGCUAUUUGAUAACGUUGCAUGCAACAACAUACAAAAUCAAGAAUCCACACAAAAGAAGAAAAAAACCAUCUGAAAACCACGAGCAUUGAUAACAAAAGCAACAUUGUUAAACGCAUAAAAUAAAAGUAAAUAUAAUAAAAAAACAAAUAGACUUUAAGUCCCACACUCUAGGUUCUAUAGGUAUUCAAUUGCAAUACGUUUUGUAUGCGUAGUAGCCAUUUUUGUGGAGCUGGAGCAGUAUGUAAACAACACUAUGUAUGUAAUUGUAAUUAUUAUUAUUAUACAGAGAUCACAAAAAAAAAUACGAAAAACUAAAAUUAUGUGUAGAAAAUUAGGCAGAAACGGAGUGGAGCAUUUUUUCAAUAAAACACUAAAAAAAAUACGCUUAUGCAAAUUCAAA